AUGCGGGACGGGAAUUGGAGCCUGAAAAACUGCAGCUCGAAGGGAGCUGGAGGGUGCGCGGCGCUGGGCAGCCUGCAUCAAAGGGCCGGCAAGAUGGACUUCACAAAGUGUAACGCGAAGAUAGGUGGAGGCCUUUACGUGGCGGGUGAUCUGGCCCAAGCUGGAGGUGAGAUGAUGUUCGAAGAGUGCUCUGCGUCGGAGCUAGGAGGAGGACUGAACGCGGGAACUCUUUCCACCAACGGCUGGACACGCUUCGACGAAUGCAAAGCGCUUGGAGGCGCCGGCGCCUUCGUCCACGGCGCCCUCCACCAGGGCCCCGCGGGCUCCCUCAGCUGCGUGUUCUGCAGGGCGCAGGGCUUCGGCGGUUGCCUGGGCGUCCACCGCGGCGGCAUUGCGGCCGAGGGCCGCGUGCUGGCGUUCGAAGUGUUUGGGGGCGACGGUGCCAGCAUAGCGGAGGCCUCAAAGCACCCCAUGUUCCACGAGCAGUUGACCCCGGCGAUGCGCGCGAACGGCGCCUCCGCCGUGGCGGCCUUCAAGGGGCCCGCCGCGUUCCACAAGCUUAUUAUUGCACAACAAGACAAGAUUGGCCUUGCGGUGGCGGUGGAUGGUCUGUUGGCGGCGCAAGAGCUGACCGUCUCUGAAGGGGCGCCCGCGGGGGUUGUAGCAUGGGAAUUCGAUGUGAAGUCCGCAAAUUGCGAAACAGCCAUCUGCGCCUUUAUGCUUAAUUCUUCCAGUUCCAAUUCCGAGCACAACUUUAGUGCCCUGGGUGUGUGGCCCCGCUGCCGUGCCGGAUCCGAAGUCAGCAAUAUGAGAAAGAAAGUUGGACCUGGCGUUGUCGCCCGCGGGUGCGACAAGUGCUCUGCAGGAUAUUUCCAGUUGCAGAGAAACGUGUCUGCCAGCUGCACGAAGUGUCCAGAACAUUGGAAGUUGUGCGACAUUGACAAGCUGGAGAUGUUUCCGCGUUGGAUGGCGCCCAUCGACCCGGAGAAGCUGGAGCUGAACCCGACCAGAGAGGGACGGGCAUUGCAGUGCCUCAGUGAGGCGGCCUGCCCUGGUGGGAGGCUGCAGCAAGACGCGGUGAAGCCGAUGUGCUCAGAAGGACGAACUGGCGUCCUGUGCGCUGCCUGCACCACAGAGUAUUAUGCCACCAAGGGUGAGUGCAAGAGGUGCACGGAGGUGUCCCAAGAGGACAAGUUGCACCUCUGGGGCAUUGCCGCUGGUGUGGCCGCCAUCGGCCUCGGCCUGGCUGGCAUGGCUUGGCUGUCACGCGGCGCGGCGACCGAGUACUGGCAACAGGCAGACGUGCAGUGGCACGUGCUGAAGGAGCUUGCUGCUCGGCAGGCGGUGGUUCUACUUCAAGUAGUUCAGCUAUAUGGGGUUCUGGCAGCGCUCGUGCCAGAUCCAUCCACUGGCCAAGGCGCCCGUGAAUCCUUCUGGGAACGCACCUACGUGGAUGCGUUGCAGCUGAACUUGGCACAGGCGCAGGACGCCUUUAGGUUUCAAUGCCUUUGGGAUGGUGACAAGGUGCGAUUGGUGUUUGCGUUGGCAUCCCCCAUUGUGCCCUUGGUCCUGCUUCUGGCAUGCGUUCUGCUGGAGAUCAUCAAGCCCUCCAUGGGUACCGGCGCCACCUUGAAGGUUUUGACUUAG